AAGACAAUGGAGUGUUUAUGGAAAAACUUCUGUGAAAAUAGCAGAAACAUGAAUAUGGAAAUAAUCAAAACCAGAUCAUGGGAGGAUUAUGUCGAUUCGAGGAGAGAAGCAAUCAGAAAUGUAUUUCAGAAGAUGCCUCUGUAUCUCCAGGAGGAGGAGCAACACCAUUGGGAGAUCCUGUACAAAGAGCGCAGGGAAAUUUUUGAGCAACUCAAUGAAAGUCAAGCCAGAAUGGCUCACAAGAGGGAGACUUUAAGAGGAAUGUAUAAGGAACUGAAGGAAAUGUGUCAUAAACCAGAUGUGGAGCUACUUCAGGCUUUUGGAGACAUCCUGCCCAGGUGUGAAUCCAUGCUGCUGCACAUGCCCCAGCCUGUGAAUCCAGAGCUGAGUGCAGUGCCUAUCACUGGACUGAUAGAAACCCUCAGAUACUUCCAAGUGACUGUCAGUCUGGAUCCUGAAAGAUUCAACUAGCACAUGUUCCUACAGGGAGAUCUCCGAAGCCUGCACAUUGGUUGUUUCCCUCAUGAUGUGCCCUGUCUCCCGGAGAGGCCUGGAUGUUUUCUGGCAUGGGGUGUUCAGACUUUUACUUCUGGCAGAUAUUACUGGGAGGUAGAAGUGGGAAACUCUUGCAAUUGGGCUGUAGGUGUUUGUAAUAGCUUUUGGAAAGCGAAGUACAGGAAUACCAAGAUAUUUGUUGAUGAGGGACUCUUUCUUAUUGCAUGUGUUAAGGAAGAUGUCCAUAACAGUUUCUUCACCACCUCUCCACUUUUAGUGCAAUAUGUAGCAAGGCCGAUUAACCACAUAGGACUAUUCCUGGAUUAUGAAGCUAGAACUAUGAGCUUUCUUGAUGUUGAUCACAGUUCCCUGAUAUAUACCAUCCCUUCUUGUUCCCUUUCUAUUCGUCUCAAGCCUAUCUUCUGCUGCUGUCAUUUAUGAACAGACACGGGGGAAAUCCACUCUCUGAAACCCUUGUCCUUGAGCCUCAUCAGAUAGUAAAAAUAGGUGGCAUUUUAUGAAAUUUCAAUUCCUCCUACUAUCAUGAAAUCCCAUUUACUGUGUUCUUAUCAAUUGUAGUAACAAUAAAAUUAUGUAUGCUGUACAUGUUGUUGUUUAUUCAAUAUUUUCUCAUGAUGCAUUGAAAACAACACAUUGUCUGAUUCUCACUUUAUUUAUGAACUUUGAGAAAGUGAAAGAAUAGAUUUUGGUGGUGUUCCAGUAAUGUCCAAAUCCAAUUCAAUAAAGGACGAAUCAAACAAACAUGGUUGUAAACAUCCAAUGGAGAUAUGGAAAUAGUUUGUCCUUUCUCUUUAUUUAACAGUAACUACUUGUCAUUUUCCAUUUUAUAGUGUAAUAGCAAAUAAGUGAAAUGGCUUUAAGUCCUCAAAAGCACUGUUUUGAGCUCACAACUCUUGAGAGUGAGCCAAGGCAUUUCACAAUCAUGGUGUCAGCAUCAACUGAGC